UUUUGGAAGGGUCAAGUCCGAACUUUAAUUUAAAAAAUAAGACGCAGUAUGGCAGCCACAGGGCCUUACAAUUAUUCCUAUAUUUUCAAGUAUAUUAUAAUUGGUGAUAUGGGGGUUGGAAAGUCUUGUCUACUCCAUCAAUUCACAGAAAAGAAAUUUAUGGCUGAUUGCCCCCACACCAUUGGUGUGGAAUUUGGAACAAGAAUUAUUGAAGUGGCUGGACAAAAAAUAAAGCUACAAAUCUGGGAUACAGCUGGCCAGGAGAGGUUUAGGGCUGUAACAAGAAGUUACUAUAGAGGAGCUGCAGGAGCAUUGAUGGUUUAUGAUAUUACAAGGAGGAGUACCUACAAUCAUCUAAGUAGUUGGCUUACAGAUGCUAGAAAUUUAACCAAUCCUAACACAGUUAUAUUUCUGAUUGGUAAUAAAUCAGAUUUAGAUGCUCAAAGAGAUGUUACCUAUGACGAAGCCAAACAGUUUGCAGAGGAAAAUGGUUUGUUAUACUGUGAAGCUAGUGCGAAAACGGGAGAAAAUGUGGAAGAGGCUUUCCUCGAAACGGCUAAAAAGAUUUAUCAGAAUAUUCAAGAUGGAAGUUUGGACCUAAAUGCAGCAGAAUCUGGUGUCCAACACAAACCGCUGGCGGGAAGAGCCCCAAACGCCAUCGCGACAGACCAAAAAGAAAGUCAAGACAAAUGCAACUGCUAAGGAAUGUGUAUAGACUGUAUUGUUGAAAUUAAGAUAAUUUAGGUCAAAUCUAUUGGUAGUUAGAGGUUUUUCGGUAUUUUAUUGCAUCUUACUGAAGUCUCUAGCGUAAUUAAUGUGUAUUUAAUACCUUUUGUAAACUGUACCAAUCUCAAAAUUCGUACAGUGGAAGAGGAUCAAAUCAGAUCUCUUUAUUCACUCCACUUGGUAAAUUGAUAAUAAUUUAGAUGAAUUUUUGUACGUUAUACAUAGUGUGUGGAAAGAACGCAAUGCUGACGUCAGCCUCUCAAAUUAUUCAUAAAUUUCCAGCAUAUAACGUCGAUUAAUUAUUUCACUAAGUUUCGUGCAGUCUUGUUGCUGGCCUUCCAGUUUACAGUUUUUGUUUAAAGGAGACAGUGCAAGAAGUACUCGAAACGAUUUGCAUACAUUUUUUCUACUCGAAACAAAUGGCCAAAUGUUGUGCGGUCAUUGAUCAAAUUAGUUAUUCGAAAGCAAGCUAUAAAAUUAUUGAAACUCAUGCUUAUGAAAUAUGAAUUUAAGGCAUCUAGGCUGAUAUAGCGCACCAGAAAAUUUCACAUUCCCCUCUGUAAGGCCAGCAACCUCGUUAUUUUUAUGUCGAGUUUUUUAUCCUUAUAAUAAAACUACUGUAGGGCCAUUUAUACGGAGAAACUGAAUAGGUCUCGACUUACAUAAGACACUUUCCCUUUGUAUUCUAUUAACCAACUUACGAGUGAACGUUCUCGCUUCCCGUUUGUAAGUCACAACUUAUUUUCUGCCAUUAAAUGGCAAUAAAUUCAGGCAAUAAAUGUAACACUUGGUGGUUCUAAAAAUUUUCUCAUGAUUAUCAGUGUUUCAUGUCAGUGUUGGGGAUCUUUCUGUAACUGCUAUAUUCCACUAUAUUCCAAUGUUAUUUCAUUACAAUAUUCAUCGCGCAAACCUAGUUAAUAGAAAUCUACUUUGGUCAAAUUGAUUUGAAUUCACUGGCUGGAUGGAAGCCAGGUUGUGACAUUUUAAUAAAAGCAUAACGCCAAUAUGAUAAGUUGUUUUCGAAUGCCCAAGACCAGUUGUAUAAAAGGUAGUUUACUAUAG